CCCUGGGGGUGGGGGUGGGACCUGCGCCCAGAGGGUCCCCGCCACAGCUCGGGAAGGAGUGUACUCCCGAGCCCUCCCGCUUGGAGGCGUUGCCGGCCGCCCCGCCCUCCGCCCGCACCUGCGGGUUCGGCCCCGCCCGCCGGCGGCGUCCCCAGGUGCUUUUCUAGCCUGGAUGCUCCUCCCCAGGUACUCCUCUGAUUCAGGUGCUCCACCUGCAGAUAAUCUCCAGGCCUAGCUGCUCCUCUAACAGGUGAUCCACAGUUGGCUCCUCCCUGAAGACUGCCUCCCUCUUGAGGGCAGACAGAGGUCAAUGGACAAGGGAUGUGUCUGAGGAGCUGCGGGUCAAGGAGCUUGCAGAGCUGGAUCCUAUAGCAUUCCCUUACAAAUAGCCAAUUUCCAGGACUCUGAGCUCCAGGGCUGCCUGGCAUCUAGGGGUUUCCUUGGAGCCCCAGCUCUUCUGGCAGAAGCCGAGGCUCACCGGCGUCUUCAGGCCUCUCGAUGAGUGAGCUGAACCAAACCACUGUGGGGCCCUCAGCAUCAGCCGUGUCCCCUGCACUGGCCACCGGGGCCCGGGCAUGGCCUGUGUUGGUCGGGGUUGUGCUGGGCGCUGUGGUCCUCUCCCUCCUCAUAGCGCUUGCUGCCAAAUGCUACCUCUGCCGCAAAUAUCAUACCAGCUACCAGCACCACCAGCUGCCCAGGAUAGGGAAGGCAGCCUUCCCGGACGUGGGCGAAGAGGAUGAUGAUGGCUUCAUCGAGGACAAUUACAUUCAGCCUGGGGCUGGUGGGCUGGAGACAGAGGGGAACAGGGACAACUUUUCCUUCUGAGCCCUGAUUUUGGACACCCCCUUCCCUCCCCAUACCUGACAAGUUUAGGGUGGAGGAUACCACGUGGAGGCCACAAGCCUCGGGGCCAGAGGUGUCUGGGGCUUAAGGGCUAACCAGGGGUAGAGCGAUCCUCCCUUCCCUGACACUAGCACUACGGUGAUAAACCUUCUCUUGCUCCAUCACCCUCAAUGGCUCCCUGCAGUUCUCAGGACAACUACCAAGGGCCUGGCUGGAGAAAUAGGGCCUCUGUCAGCCUCUUGGUUCCCUUAGUUGCCUUUCUCAACUUCACUCCCUAGAAAACUCGUUAUUUGUUACUCCUUUUCUCCUGCAAGGUGUUUUCCCAUGCACUUCUUGCUUACCCUGUCUCCCUGGCUUACACUGCCCUUCUGUUCUCUCAAAUCGUCCAUGACAGAGGGCACUUGGGCAGCUCAGUCGGUUGUGCAGCUGGCUCAGGUCAUGAUCUCAGGGUCCUGGGGUGGAGUCCACAUCAGGUUCUCCCACCGGGGAUUCUCUCUCUCUCUGCCCCAUCCCCAGCUUGCUCACACAUAUGUGUGUGCGCGUGCAAGGUCUCUCUCUCUCUCUCUCUCUCUCUCCCCCCCUCAAAUAAAUAAUCUUUAAAAAAAAUCCUCUAUGACAGUGAUGAAAUCCCUGGCCAACAGACCCCCUAUGACCCGCCUACCUGCCAGCAUUUCAGAUGUACCAAGAUGAUGACAUUUUAGUAGGUAAAAUCCAGUGUGCCAAGUAUCUUGUUGAAAUUUUUUCAAUAAAGUGAGUGAUUGAAAUGGUUAUAUUACAUUUUUCACAGGUACUAAUUAAACCUAUUUUUGUCUUAAAUGAAAGUAAAAA